AGGCAACAUUGUUGCUUUUCCGAUUACAUCACCACCUUUAUGAAUGGCACAGUGCUUGGGGGUAGGCUACAAGAACGAGAGCGAGUCCUGUCUACACGUGGGUAGCAAGUAGAGCUGAUAGGACCAUUUAGUCCAACACUAGGCACUCACAAUUGAUUGGCUAGUAGGGACAGUGGGAGGAUUUAACAGUCAUCAAAUAGAGACGCUUUUACGCAUUGUACAGUUCAAUGUGUAGGUUUGAGUCUGAGGAAGACGGGAUAGCCAAGAAUAGGCACUAUAGGGCAGUCUAUUGUGAUUAUCUAUCUUCAGUUAUCACUCAGUUACAUAUUUGGAACACACAGUUCAACUCAUAGGCUACUGUACUUGGCUCCAUUGAUCAAUAAAGACAAAUAAUUAUUUAUAUUUCGUCUUCUGGAAAACGGCAGAAGAGUAUCGGAGUUGUGCGGUCAGUUCCAAAUAGCCUACAUUUAGACAAGAGGACACUAGCGACUCUCUGAUACUCCGACCCAAAUAAAGUGCAAAAUAAAGCGCAGCUCAGCGAAUGGACCAUCAUCAACUCCGCACACGUAGCUUCAUUCCUUGUGCGGCUCCAGUCUGCGUUACUGGACCUACUGAACCAUUCAUGCGCUUGUCCAUCAGCUCGACCACAGGCAGCCGCUUCGAGCUCUCUGUCCAUCAGGGAGAGACCGUGGAGGUGCUGAGGAGACGACUUUCCCAAAAGCUCAGAGUACCGAAAGAAAGAUUCGUCUUGCUGCAUAAGGAAACGCGGUUGAGUACAGGGACACUCCAUGACCUGGGCAUAGUUGAUGGGAGUAAACUGACACUGGUCCCAACUAUUGAAGCAGGCUUGUUAUCAUCCCAACUAUCCAGAAGAGAGCAGACCAUCAUGCAGGCUUUGGAGAGUUUAACUGAAACUCAGGUCAGUGACUUCCUGUCUGGCCGUUCACCCCUGACCCUUGCCCUCAGGAUCGGUGAUCACAUGAUGUUCGUCCAGCUCCAACUGACCCCCCAGAGCGCCACUGGGCAGCAGCAGCAGCAGAGGCACCUCAUCGCCCGGCGCACAGGCAGGUCCACCAGGUUCCCUUACCCCCCCCCAGCCCACCUCUCCUCCAACACCCCUCUCUCCCCUCAAACCCCCUCCUCAACCUCUCACGUCACCUACUCCUCUCCCUCACCUAGUGCCCCCCUCCGCUACACCAACCCCACCUGCUCCAGCCCUGGACCCCAGAGCCCAACCCCUGCUGCCACCUACCCAGAGGGUGACUGCAGUGUGGCUGGUACUCCCACCUCUAAGAAACCAGCUGCCGGGGAACCAGGUGCUGUCAUAGAGAGCUUUGUGAGCCAUGCCCCAGGAGUCUUCUCAGGGACCUUUUCAGGCACUCUGCCCCCAGCCGGCCAGGACAGCACCAGUACCAGUGCCAGGUCAUCCAGGCAAGGCAUCAACACAAUCCUCCAGAUCCUCAACGACCUUCUCAGUGCCACUCGCCAGUACCAGGGGGCUCCACUGUCCCUCUCCCAGCUCCUCUGCCGCCCUCCCAUCACCCCAGCCAGCAGCACCCCGAGUACCCCAACCUCGCCCUCCCCGCCGCCCUCACCUCUCACCCCUGACCCCGUCAGCACUGCUACCUCAGGACCACUUAUAGACCACAUCAGCCAGGAACAGAGCCGCUCAUGUAAACCUACUGGCCUGUGUUCCAGUCAGUCCGAGGAGGAGAACCAGUCGUUGCGUUGUAAACUGGAGCGCCUUCAGAUGUUGAUGCACCAGAGACGCCUGCGCAGGCGGGCUCGCAGGUACACACGCACCUCACACCCCUACCCUCCUCACCACCGUCAGCCCUGGUCGCCCGGACGAGACAAAGCCAACACCAGCCGCCAUAGCAACGGCAGCCUGUCCAGCAGCGAGGGCUCUUCCCUGGAUGACCUGGAGUUGCCAUGGAAACCGGAGCUGCCAUCCGACCUUGUGAUGGCGUAGAAAGAGAGCGAGAGAUGACAAUAUGUUUCUGGCUCCCAAUUGGACCUGUGUCAUUGGCUGUCUUUCUGAAUGGCUGAAUAGGAGAAAUAAGCUGUCCAUUUUGGGACUCACUUGAUCAGGCUGCACAAGGACUCUUCAAAAAGACGACUGUGUCCUGCUUUCUUGAAACUGGACAUUCAAACAAAACUUCAGUAGUAUAUUGUGUAUAUAAUUGCUUAGGUAAAUACAUUUUUUUCAACUUAGUUUAUACUCCCUUGACUGAGCUUUCUGCAGAUCAUAUGACACCUCUUUACUGUCAUCAUUCUUUGUCUAUUUUCCCGGAGUCUGUUGGAACCGGACUGUCUUUCUGACUGUGACUAAUGUUUUCAGAGGGACUAAGCUUUGUCUACCAUUUUAAACUCUCAUUUGACUCACCACAUCUUCAGUUGCUGUCGUUGUUAGCAUUGUCAGAACUAUGUAGCGUUUGAGGUUAUCAAAUAAAGACACGUUUCUGCACAUUAGUUUUCUUGACAGCUUUGUUUUUGCAAUGUUUUGCGGUCGCUCAAGAGUGAGCGAAAUUAUACUUUUGUCUUUGUGUAUACAGUAUGUUCUGAUUGAUGCCUUAAGCAGCAUGCAUGUAAAGGAUACAAUGGAUGACAUGUGUUUCUUAACCUUUGUAGAUAUUAUGUAGACUGUUUCAAAUAGUUUUUCUGAAGCAAUACUUUUCCGUUUGUCAAUGCAGUGGAAAGUUUCUUUUUUCUAGGAAAUAUAAAUUAUUCUAAAAAGUCA